UCUCCAUCUCCCCCAAGUCCUCCGACCGCCGCCCUGGGCUGCGUCCCCAGGCUGGGCUCGGAUGAUGCAUUUUCCGGAGGAACCACGGAGGGGCGCUGUAUUCUCCCGUUCAUGGUGGAUCCCACCAGGCCUCUCCAGGGAGGCAACACCUUCGAGACCCACAUCAUCGGGGGUCGAGACGCUGUCCCCCACUCACGCCCAUACAUGGUCUCGCUGCAGAAGUCGUCUGUCCACCAAUGUGGUGGGGUGCUCCUGCGCCAAAAUUGGGUGUUGACAGCUGCCCACUGCCUGACCCAGCCGACGCAGCAGCUGAGGCUUGUGCUGGGGCUUCAUGUGCUGGGAGAGAACAGCCUUACCUACCACAUCAGGAAGGUGGUCCGGCACCCCGAAUACAAGCCAGUCCCUCAUCUGGAGAAUGACCUCGCGCUGCUAAAGCUGGACGGGAAGGUGAAGCCCAGCAGGACCAUCCAGCCCCUGGCGUUGCCCCGAGGGCGCCAGGUGGUGGCCACAGGCACCCGGUGCAGCGUGGCCGGCUGGGGCCUGACCCACCAGCCUGGGAACCUGGCCAGGGUGCUGCAGGAGCUGGACUUGCGUGUGCUGGACACCAGGAUGUGCAACAACAGUCGGUUCUGGCAUGGCAACAUCAGCUCCCACAUGAUCUGCCUGGCAGCUGACUCCAAGAACCAGGCCCCCUGCAAGGGGGACUCAGGCGGGCCGGUGGUGUGCAAAAGAGGCCAAGUGGCUGGAAUCCUGUCCUUCAGCUCUGAGAGUUGCACCGACAUCUUCAAACCCCCCGUGGCUGUCGCUGUGGCCCCCUACAUGCCCUGGAUCAAGAAGGUCCUCCGCCACAAUGGCUCACCUCCCUCACCUUGACCCUCCAGAGGUGGCCCUGAUUCUGUGUUCCAAGGGGCAUCCUGCAGCAGGGCAGCCAGGGGCCUGGAUGUAUCAGGGGACCAAUACACCAUAAUAAUAAAACUGCUUGAGCCUCCUGCGGGCCUCGGGCCUCGGGUUUGCCACCUACAAAAUGGGUUGCACUUUUCAGGCUGCAUGGGAGGGCCAGCCGUGGCCAAGGCCUAUGGGCACUGGGGGCCAGAAAGGGACAUGGAGAAAAGGCCCCCGAAUCUCCUUCCUUCUCUUUUUCACUUUGGUUCUGUGUUUAGUGGGCUUCUCUGCUGGCUCAGAAUUUGCCUGCAAUGUA